CCCUUCUUGACACACACACACGCACAUACAUACACACACACUCUCUCUCUCUCUCUCUUUCUGUCUGUCUUUCUUUCUAUCUCUCAGUCAGUAAUAAUGGAGCCCAGCAGUCCAAAGAAGAUCCAGUUUGCUGUGCCCCCUCUGCAGGGACAGCUGGACCCACAGGCCGCCGAACAUAUUCGUCGCAGAAGACCGACUCCUGCCACUCUGCAGAUCUACAGACAACCUGGUACAGAUGCUGGAGAUCAACACAACGCCAGCGGAGAGUCACAGGCUUCAGAUUCCUCUCAGAGGAAGCAGAGCACCUACGCCCCACCCACCAUGAAAGGUAAGCUGGAAAGUUCUGUACCUGAGGAAGACGAGGAGGAAACCAUCCCUCAGGACGACUGAUCCAGGAGAGAAGUCUCAGCACACAAGAGGCGACCAAAUUAUCUCCUGAUAUUCUGGACAAACCAACAGACGGACUCCAGUGUCCAUCUCAAGCGUAGCACCUACAUGACAGGACACUGAUUUCGGUGGGAGAAUUGACCACUGAGCAGUAAACAUUUUAAUCAGAAACGUGUUAAACCAGCUUCCCUAACUCUUAAUGAAGCGGUCUGGAAAUAGCCAACAGAGCCAAUUCACCUCACUCAGCACAUUCACCUCAACGUGACUUCACACAAACCUGUCACUGACUGCAACUAUUAUAGUUUAACUCCUUAGAUUAGGAUUACCUUUGUUUGCCCUGUUUCGGUCCAUGAACAGGGUGGAAGCAGCAAACUGAUUACAAAUAAAUACCAUCACAACAGUUAACCUCAAACACUCACAUGGCCAAUAUUUUAACACUUCUGGCACUUCUGGAUAAGCUCAGUUUCAUAUUUGGCCAAACCAACAACUCAAGCUUAUUAAUUAACAGUGAGUGCAGCCACUUCUCUGUCACCAGCAUUGGUUUACUAAAAACAAAUUAAAACAAUUUAAAAUCAUGUAUAAAUCAUGUAUGUCAGAGAAAAGCAGCAAAUCCUCUCAUUUUAGAGGCUGUAACUGGAGAAUGAUUGGCACAGUUUUGCUUGACAAAAAAAUGACUAAAAUGAUUAAUCCAUUAUCAAAACUGCUAACUACUCUUCUGAUGGUCGAUUAACUGACUUUCAGCCCUAAAACUUAUUUAACUUCUCCAUUCAAGUUGUGGUUGUUUCAUGAUAACUGAUGACGUGACUGUUACUUUGAAGGAUGACCAGCUGCUUUUGUACUAGACCUGAUCUUAAACCUCCUGUUCUUUAUAAUGUGACAGUAGCUCAUUUUUGGAUCGUUUUUACAAUGUCCACUGUGUGAUUAGAGAUCUGCAGGUGCAUGACACAGCACCUCAAAAAUAUACCAUAGCCAAAUGAAUAAAACACAGAAGUGAUGCAAUAAUUAAUACCUAUAGCUUUUAGCACUGUAAAGACAUGUUUAAAGCAGAUAUUUUGACAUUCAACAGGAAAAGCACAGGUGUAACUUAUAUAUAUGAUGACUGAUGCUCUCAUAUGGAUUUAGAUCAUGAUUAAUGUUAUUAGUUACAAUUGGGCAUUUCCUGCCAUCACAUGUGAAAAUGUCUACUGUGAAAAAGGUAUGUUAUUUGAUAGCAAAGGUGUUGUUAUUUUUUGUCAACAGAACAACUUGAGUUUCACAAUGUCAUCUGUCUUUCACUGAGCAGGCUGUUCUGCAACUUUGACACUUUGAACUAUGCAAAAAUAUCAUUUGACGGUUGACCAGCACAGGUUUGGACUCAUUUUUAAACAAACUGAAGUGGGUGAGUAAUCAGAUUACUUCAAAUUACUGUUCACUGAAUUACAGAAUGAUGGAUCAACUGAGAGGAGUCAUGUUUUGUUUUGUGUCUUUUUCUUCUGUUAAUCUGUAUAUGCAGUAUGUAUCCUUGCGACUUAUAUAUCACUAACAGCAAUAAAGUGUCAGCAUUGUUUUUGUACACAAUAAACAUUACAAUAUAGACUAUA